GUCCGAGUGAAUGUGUGUGACGAUCACGUGAGAGCACGUCACGUGACUGCUGCGUCUAUAACACCCUGUCAAGACACCACAGCUGAGUUUCGACAACUGUAUCGGCCGAGGACACGAUGAACGCGCUGCUGACCUUCGCCAUCCCCUUGUUGUUCAGCUCGUUGGCCUGGAGUGGAUAUCUGGAACAUGACCAAGAUGUCUUGAUACCAGACGACUGGACUGAUGCGGGUUGGGUUAACCCCACAGAGGAGCUGGAGCUGACCUUUGCCCUGAAGCAGCAAAACACUGACCUGCUGGAGGAAAUACUGAGACUGGUGUCGGACCCUGACUCAGCACAAUAUGGUAAGCACCUCACCCUGGAGGAAGUGUCCUCCCUCGUGCAUCCGACUGAACUGACCCAGAAGGUGGUGCAUCACUGGCUGCAGAGUCACGGGAUUACAAACUGCCUGACUGUACGCACUCGGGACUUCUUACAGUGCACCAUGACUGCAGAGGUUGCAGAGAAGCUGCUUCCAGGGAGCAAGUUCCACCGUUACAUCAGGGAUGACCACUCUUUGGUGAGGUCUUCAGCUCCGUACUCUGUUCAUGAUGAUGUUCACCAGCACCUGGACUUUGUUGCAGGGCUUCACCGCCUCCCUCCUAAAGGGCAGGACCUCCGCAAAGCCUCGUCUAACAGGAAGCAAAAGCGGUCCAAGGCAGGGCUGCAUCUAGGAGUGACUCCCUCCAUCUUGAGGGCCCGCUAUAACCUCACAGCAACUGAUGUGGGAACAGCAAAGAACAACAGCCAGGCUGUAGCUCAGUUCCUGGAGCAGUACUUCAACCCUGCAGACCUGGCAGAGUUCAUGGGCAUGUAUGGCAGAAGCUUCAAGCAUCUCUCUCAGGUGGACAGGGUUGUCGGCAUUCAGGGAGCAGGAAAGGCCGGUAUUGAGGCCAGUCUGGAUGUCGAGUACAUCAUGAGCACAGGGGCAAACAUCUCUACGUGGGUCUUCACCAAUCAAGGUCGCCAUGAGUCUCAGGAGCCUUUCCUCCAGUGGAUAGUUUUGCUCAGCAACAUGUCAGACCUGCCCUGGGUUCACACCAUCAGCUACGGAGACGAUGAAGACAGCCUGUCCACGGCGUUUAUGAUGCGCAUCAACACAGAGUUUAUGAAGGCUGGUGUGAGAGGAAUCUCUUUGCUCUUUGCUUCUGGUGACAGUGGUGCAGGCUGCAAACAUUUGGGUAAAGGCCAAAAUACCUUCAGGCCAAGUUUUCCUGCAUCAAGCCCAUAUGUGACUACAGUAGGAGGAACAUCAUUCAAGAACCCAUUUAAGAUCACAUAUGAAAUAACAGAUUACAUCAGUGGAGGAGGAUUCAGCAACGUCUUCAAGAUGCCGGACUACCAGGCCAGUGCAGUAGAUGGGUACCUGAAGACUGUAGCAGCAACCCUUCCUCCUCCGUCAUAUUUCAAUACCAGCGGCAGGGCCUAUCCAGACAUGGCUGCCCUGUCGGAUAACUACUGGGUGGUCAUCAACAGAGUACCCGUCCCCUGGGUGUCUGGAACCUCGGCAUCAACCCCUGUGGUCGGAGGCAUGCUGUCUCUCAUCAAUGACCAGCGGAUGCUAAAGGGCCGGCCUGCCCUGGGCUUCCUCAACCCUCGCCUCUAUAAGCUCAAAGGACAAGCUCUGUUUGAUGUGACGGAGGGCUGUCACCUGAGCUGUCUGGAUGAACAGGUUCAGGGUAAGGGUUUUUGUGCUGCACCGUCGUGGGAUCCUGUUACAGGAUGCGGGACACCAAACUACCCGGCACUUCUGGCUGCUCUGCUAGCCGAGUGAAAACCCAGUGCGUGAGUGAAACCAUCAGGGUGGCGUCUGCUCUGAGAGCAGCUACUGUACACACAUCCAAAGGCAGGAUUGCAAAAUAGAGGGAAAUGCCUCUACUUUAGCUCUAUGCCUCUUUCUUUUAUUCAGUUAAUUUACAGUCAGACACUGCUGGUGUGGUAGUUUGGGAUUUGCAGUUGCUUGUUUCUGCUGUUCACUGCAUUUUAACUGACCCAGGUUUCUCAGUGAAUCUCUCAAACACACUUACAGGCAGCUUAGUGUUAACAGUAAUCGUAUGACUUAAAUUCAUGCCGCUAGAUACAGAGUGAGUCCAAGUGUGGGCUCUUAGAUGUACACAUGGGUCUAUUUAAAUGUUUUUUAUGUAAUAGUGUUUAAUGUGACUCAAGAAUCUUUAUACCGGAUGCAAUCAUUUCACCAGAUCAGGCAGUUCAGCAUAAAAUAGGUUUGUAGUAAGACUGAGAUGGCCAAAGUGUGUAAUAUUGUUCUAUUUAUACUACUCUGCAGGGAUGAGCUUAGCCAAAAGUCAGUUUAAUUGAAUAACACAUUACUAUUUGCAUGCAAUUCUAAAAAUAAGUGUCAGAUGUGUAUUUCAAAGUAGAAAAAAAAACAGGAACAGUUUGUGGCUUCAGACUUGAUUUCACUUUGGUUUGUUGCCGUUUGCUCUCCGGCUGCAAACAAACCAAAUGCCAGUAAUGUGGGUUAAAAGUAAUUCAGUGUUUCUACCCACCAGCAUUGUUGCACUUGUCUUUAAACCAUUUAAAUCUUCAAACCUGUAUUGCCUCUUAGAAAUGCCAGUUGAUUGUUUAGGAUGACUUGAGUAUUAUGGCUGAUCUUGAUGCUGCAGGUUUUAGAACUGCACCACAUGCUUGUUCAAAUUGAAAAUAUAAUGGAUUUUAUUUUUAACAGACCCGCAAAGCAUUAGCUAGUUAAUGUUUCUAAUGAAAAUGUGUUUGCUGUGAAAUGAUAUUGUUACUACUGAAGUACAACUAGUACCGAUGGACAAUUAGUAACAUUUGAGAUUGUAGCUAAAUGAGCAAAGGGCUUCUUUAAAAAGACCUUUUUUAAUUUCUAAUGCAAAUGUUGACUCUCUGACCUCCUUGUCAGACAGAAACAAGAGUUGACUUGAACCAUUGUAACAAUUUACAAGAUCCCACUUUGAAGCUGUGCAAUUUAAGUUGUAAGACGCGAUUACAAUUGUAUAUCUGCAGUGUGCUGAAAAAUAAAAAAUUGAAUUUG